AUGUCGCCUCCUUCGUCUCCCACUUUCGGUUUCUUCCCCGCCACCACGACUGCUCCCAACGCCUUCUCGCUCUUCGGUCAAAACCCACGCGAUAACCAUGCGAUGCUCUCGUCACUCAUGAUGAGCACUGCUGGAUCGCCCAACUCGACCGCGCCUUCGUCGAAACGAUCGAGCAUGCUCAGCCUGAAGUCCAAGGACUCCAAGUUGUCGCUGAGGACCCUCUUCUCGAAGAAGUCAUCUGAGAGCCUCGGCUCCCAAUAA